GUCCCUUCCUUCUUCUCUUCUUUCUUUUCAUUCUAUUUUCUUCUAUAGAGACAGAGUCUCUCUUUCCCUUUCUUUCGCUUUUUCCAUUCAUUUCGGCCACCGUUUUUUACAUUCGAUUUUCAGAACAGCGUCCGGAACGCCCAGCGGGUUUCAAGAGCUUCAAGCUAAACCAUCACCUAGAACGACAUGUCUCUUAAGGCCGAACUCGAAACAUGGGCUGCUGCUCUCAAGGCUUACGAUGAUCAGGACUUUGACAAGGCCUUGCAGUUGUUCUCUGAAAUUGCGGACAACUCCAAAAUCCAUACGAACAUAGGACUCAUUUACGCUACCCUGGGUGAACAUGAAGAGGCCGUCAAGCACUUUAUCGAGGCAACGGGUAUGGAUCAGUAUUUGGCCGUGGCUUACUUCCAAUGCGGUGUCUCAAACUUCCUUCUGCAACGUUACGAACUCGCCCUCAAGGACUUUGAAGAGGCUCUCCUCCACCUCAGGCAGAACCAGACGAUUAACUAUGAGCAAUUGGGUCUACAAUUCAAGUUGUACUCGGCAGAAGUCUUGUUCAACAUGGGCCUGUCACUCAUCUUCAUGGGACAAAUCGAGAUGGGGCUUCAAAACUUUGAGGCUGCACGGCGGGAAAAGGCGACCGAAGACCACAACGUUAUUGAUGAGGCGAUUAGGGAUCAGGGGAGAGGCUAUACUGUGUUCAGCAUUCCUGUCGGCGUUCUAUACCGACCAUCAGAGAAGAAACUCAAGAAUGCUGUCCAGAAGGAUUAUAUGGGCAAAGCGAAAUUGGUUGCAUCGAGCGACCCUGACGACAAGAUCACAACCUUUGUAGGCUCCGCACGUUUGAAGAUGGGAAUAUCCCCUGCAGGCAUCUAUAUUGAUAGGCCUGAUAUCGAUACCCCUGCUGGUGCCGCAGUGUCCCGGAGCGCAACAGUUCCGGCAUCAUCUUACCCUGCUUCCAGGCCCGCGGAAUCCAUCAGGUCUGCAGGCCUCGAACGAUCCAAGACGACCAUCAACGUUCCUAGCAAUGCCCGUGCAUUAACAUCCCCACAAAGUCUCUCCCCAUCGUCCCGUCUCCCUCCCGUUUCUUCCGCUGGUGCUCUCGGUAGAAGUAACACUCAGAUCACACCUGGGCGACCGUCGCCAAGUGCCGGCAUGGGUGGACCCUCUCGCGGUAUGAGCGUGAGGAGGGCUGCUAGCCCCAGUUCUGGAGGCGCCGUUAACCCUCUACGGGUUCCUCCUAAGAACCUCCCUGAUGUUCCUGCCCCAGAACGAAUCACGGAAUUCUAUGACGACUACCUUGAUUCCUACGAAGACCAGCCACCUGUACCCCAGCUUUCUGCCCCACCGACAGCGGACCGUGUUGCUACAUGGGCCCGCCAAACCCCCGCAUAUCCUGCUGGCGUUGCUCGAUCCACCUCGCGAAGUGCCCCCAAUAGUCAAUAUGCUCCUAGUUCCUAUGGCGGCGGCUCGAUGAGGAGGAAACCGACGCGACGAGCGACCUCAAGGCAACAGAAUAGGAUUGGAAGCACUUAUGAAGAAGAGGAAGAAGGGUAUGGGAGCGGAGACUAUGACGAUGGACCAUUUGAGAUGAAUUUGAUUCGCGUCAAAUUGCACUAUCAAGACGAAACUCGAGGAAUGACUUUGGCACCCGAUCUCACAUUCAACGAGUUCAUUGUCAAGAUCACCGCCAAAUUCAACAAAUCGUUCAGUGGACUCGGACUCAAGUUCAAGGACGAGGACGGUGGCAAGGUUACCCUGCGAGACGAAUCUGACUAUGAGCUCGCCAUUGAAACAGCUCGUGAGAAUGCCAAAGGAAGAGCUGAAGGCAAACUCGAGAUUUGGUGCACUGACAUCUAAUGGUUUAUGUUGCAUUUACCUCCACUACUUUCGUUCAUGGCUCUGUUAACAUGUUCAUGGUUUAUAUCAUACCCUUUUGCUUCUUCUAGCUCUAGUCUCUAUGUAUGUAUCUUACUAUCCCCACUAUCCUUUCGUCGCUUGUGUUUUGGUUUUCCCUUAGAUUCGUCGUUCCACCACGCUCAUUUCCUCUCACUGGUGAUUUUCCAUCAUAAUUUGCUGCUACCCGCUUUCCGGAUGGUGUUCAUGUUCAUAGUUUUCGGGAACUCAAUUCGUGUGUAAAACUCUUUG